UUCCCCCCCUAAACAAUAAAAGGGCCGUAAAAAGAGAUUAUUCUCCCCAUCUUGCUUUCGCAUCGGUUUUGUUUCCCCUCUUCGGCCACCCCGCAGACCCGCGGAGCGGGCAGGGGGCUCUGGGCCGGAGCCCGCCGCCCCAGCCCCACAUCCCCGGGCCGGGUCUCGCCUCCUCCUGCCACAAACCACCCGCGGGAAACGAAACCGAAAGGCCGGGGCCGUGCUCCGUCUCCCGCACCCGGCGGCAUCUGCGCCCCGGCCGGGUGGGGAGAGCCCCGCCGCGUCUGCCCCGCGGAGCCGCUUCAGGUCCUCACGCCGCCUCAUUCGGCCAGCGGGCCGCGGUGCAGCGCGGCUCAGCAGCCAACCCUGCUGACCUCCUGGCGGCUGGGGCGCCCCGGCCCGCGGCCUCGCCCCUCCUCCGGCCGCCCGCCCGCCGAUGCGGCCGGCCCCGGGGCGGCGCUGCCGCGGCCCGUCUGCCGCGCCUCGGCCUGGAGAAGCACCUGUGGCACCCGUGAGUCCCCGCCGCCGACAGGGUUGACCCAAGGACCUUUUCAUCCUGCAAGAAUCAGUUAGCGAGAUCUGCAUAGUCGUGUUCCUGAGGGGAAAGAUGUCAGAGAUUGACUAUGAGAAGCUAGCUGAAAUAGAACUGCAGAAAGAUGAAGCAGAAGAUACACAGUCAGAACAGGAAGAAACAUUUAUGCCUCCACCACUUGAGGAUCCUGAGCUAAAUAUCAAUCACCCCUACUAUGAUGUUGCAAGACAUGGCAUUAUCCAGUUAGGAGGUGAUGACAAUUCUGGAAGGAAGGUGAUUACCUUCAGUUGCUGCCGUAUGCCCCCCUCCCAUCAGCUCAAUCACACCAGAUUACUGGAGUACUUAAAGUAUACUCUGGACCAGUAUGUAGAGAAUGAUUAUACAGUUGUCUACUUUCACUAUGGCCUGAAGAGUGUGAAUAAACCAUCUCUGAAAUGGUUACAAACAGCCUACAAAGAAUUUGACAGGAAGUAUAAGAAAAACCUUAAAGCACUCUAUGUCGUACAUCCAACCAACUUCAUAAAAAUUCUGUGGAAUAUCUUUAAACCUCUUAUAAGCCAUAAGUUUGGGAAGAAAAUCACCUACUUGAACUAUCUAAGUGACCUCAGGGAGCAUCUCAAAUAUGACCAGCUAAAUAUCCCUCCAGAAGUCAUCCGACAUGAUGAAAAUCUUCGGGGGAAACAGAAGGGUAAACUGCCACCUGUGGUUAAGGUUCCUCCACCACGGCCACCUCUACCUACCCAGCAAUUUGGAGUCAGCCUGCAAUAUAUCAAGGACAAAAAUAAAGGCGAACUAAUCCCCCCAGUAAUGAAGGAAACUGUAUCCUACCUAAAAAGAAAAGAGAAAAACAAGAGAGUGACAGCUUCUGCAGAUGAGACCUGCAUUAAUUGUUUUUCAGGACUACAAGUAGAGGGCCUCUUCAGAAGGUCAGCCAGCAUCCAGACUAUCAAAGAUGUUCAGAAACUCUACAAUCAGGGCAAGUCUGUGAAUUUCGAUGAUUAUCACGAUAUCCAUAUUCCUGCUAUUAUUCUAAAGACUUUCCUUAGAGAACUUCCUCAGCCAUUGCUAACAUUUGAGUGUUAUGAUCAUAUCAUUGGAAUAACAAGUGUGGAGAGCAGUUUACGAGUCACCAGAUGUAAACAAAUCAUUCAAGGACUUCCUGAACACAAUUACAUUGUUCUGAAAUAUCUGAUAUGCUUCCUUCAUUUGGUUUCACAGGAGAGCAUAUAUAACAGAAUGACAGCAUCCAGCCUGGCCUGUGUCUUUGGUUUGAAUCUGGUCUGGCCGUCGAAAGGAACAGCCUCUCUGAGUGCUCUGGUACCUCUGAAUCUCUUCACUGAACUACUGAUAGAUUUCUACACAAAUAUAUUCAACUCCCGGACAGCGCCUGGUGAGAUCUUACCUUAAUGCUUCCAGAAAGGAAAAUGGAGUAUGGCUGCCUGAGGGAAUGGUCUCCAUGGCUCAGCUGGUGGGAACUUUAUAUUCAGGGUUCUGUCCUGCGAAGAAAACUUUCAAUACAGAGUAAAGUUUCUAUAGUUUUCCAAAUACCAAAGAUGUCGAAAGAAGCACACUGCCCCAUAUAUUCUCAUCACAUGUGGGAGAAUAUGUACAUGAGCAUUCAAAGCCCAACAGGUCAAAGUGAAUCCCCUUAUUAAACUUAAGCAGCUGACAAAAACUAGUGCAUUAAAAAAAAUCAUGACACUACAUGCCAGUCUUUCAUUUCUUUGGGGAUCUGGAGACUUUACUAUGUGGCAUUAUUUUCUGCAUGGACAGAACCUGCAUUUUCUGCAUGGGCAGUUCUGGACCACUCCUGAAUGUACAGCUUUCUUCAUUUUUUAUUUGUUUGGUUUUUAAUUUUAUUAUUUGAAUACAAGUUUGUUAGAAAUUUUCCUAUUAAGUUAAUAAAGAUGGAAUCAAUUUUUAAGAUA